AUGGCAGUAGGAUUCGGGGUUUCGGUAGGAGAUCUCAUCGCCGUAGGAAAGCUGGCUCACGACAUCGCGAUUGCUCUGAGUGACUGCCGGGGUGCUUCUGCGGAAUACCGUUCCUUGAUCGAGCUUCUCGAUUCUCUGAGGACAUCUCUCAACCUUAUCAGUAACUUCGUAUCAACUUUACCUAUCACGUCGUCUUCGCGAGUGAACCAAGCUUUCAUAAGUGGUAUUCUGUUCCAUGCUGGAUGCUGUCACAGGUUACUGAACGAGUUUGCUGCGGAUUCCCGAAAGUACACUCAAAGCUUGCUGAACGGCCAAGGCUCUAAGGCGAAAGUUGCGUUUCGGAAGAUCAAAUGGUCUCUUUACAGCGCAGAAGAUAGCCGACGCUUGGAGCGGAGAUUAGGCACGCACAUGGAAGCCUUCGAUCGCUACCUCCUCGCAAUCAACAUUCAAACUGAAACUAACUUUGCGGAAGAGUCUCGAGGACAAGUCAAUCAAAUCUCCGUCACAGUGGCAGCGAUAUACGAUACGGUCCAAACCACGCAGAAGAUGAUGCCCAAAAUGCUCGGAUAUCCAUGGGAAGGAGACGUCCUCUCUUCGCAUGUUCACAUCGAGGACGUGUUGGGUAGACCAUUAGUCCUCCCAAUCAUGCUUUGUCGUACAAGACAAACGUUGAAGGACACCAUGAGAAUCAUGUUCUCUGAUCACCCCGGAUUGAAGGAAGUAGUGGACGGCAAUUUCGAGCUCGUCGACAAGCAAAAUCAGCUGACAAUCUUCGAUGGCCGCGUUGACACGCCUCAAACAACAAAUUAUCGUUCUCCUUCGAAUGCUGUUCAACCCGAAGCUAAGCUGCUAAUGAACAUCUUGCGUGUAAAGACUGUUCAUGCUCCAAGGGACUCCUUAGUCGCUUCCGUUGAAACCCUGGAAACUUGCCCACGAUGCGGCUUCGCAACUCCUGGUCGGCGGUUUAGAAAAUGCGCGAAUUGUGACAUGAACUUUAAGAAGUCAGUGCGAGAGUUCCUUGGAGAACCAGCGGUGGCGGCUGGUGUUGAAGAUUGGCCGGAUGAUCCACUUCCGCGUACAAUACUUAAUCCACCACCCAUAGACUACGCACCUACGAAACCACCCAACGCUGAUAUGGAGGCUGAAUAUAUUCAACGCGUUCAUGAAAUUGCGGUGUACCUAGUCCCAUCGUGGUAUUAUAACUCCGGCAACUUUGGUCAAUCAAGGCUUCCCUUGAUUCAGGCAGUUGGCCAAGGAGAUCUCCACUGGGUCCGACAAAUACUACUGAAAACCGAUACCGAUCCAGAUACAAGAGAUUACCAAGGUUGGACGGCUUUGCAACAAGCCUGCUCUAUCAGGGUCGAUUCUCCAAAGAGUAGAAACCAGGAAGCUAUCGUCAGGCUAUUGAUAUCGCAGGGUGCAGAUGUAAACGCUGCUCCUAGCGACUUUUCCGGCAGAACAGCUCUGCAAGCGGCGUGCUAUUCUGGAAACGAAAGAAUCGUAUAUCUGUUACUGGAGAAAGGUGUUGAAGUCAACGAAGAUGUUGCGCCCGUCGGUGGACGGAGCUCUCUAGAAGGUGCUGUUAAGGCAGGUCAUUUUGGCAUCAUCAAGGAACUUCUCAAUCUGGGUGCAGACAUCAAUCAAACAGCUAGCGAGGAACAUGGGCGCACCGCGCUGUCGACUGCGGCUGAGCAAGGCAGUCUCGAGAUAUUCGAUUUUCUGAUUGAAAAUGGGGCAAACACACACGGGUCUGCUGGCUUAUUCGCCUUGGAAGCGGCUAUACGUUGGAAUCAGCUAGGCGUGGCAGACCGCCUUCUCGAACAAGAUCUAGACGUCAAUUCUUGUGCCAAUGGCCCCGCCCCUUUGCAUUCAGUAGGAUCCAUUGAGAUGUUAAACCUGCUAGCUGCCUACGGAGCUCGCUUUGAUAUACCCGGCUCCGAAGCUUCUGGACCUACAGCGUUACAACAGGCUGCACAGUGGGGCAGCCUCGAUCUGGUCACUGAACUCGUACGCCUGGGCUCCGAUGUUCAUCUUCCUGGAAACAGAUAUCAUGACGGGAGUGCACUCCAAGCAGCCGCUGCCAAGGUCUGGGUUGAUGUUGAAGAAAACGUUGGUAUAAUGAGCUUUCUCGUCGAAGAGCACGGCGCGGAUGUCAAUGAGCCACGUCCUGAAAAGAAGGGAUUUACAAGUCUCGAAGCAGCGUGUCGUGCAACAGUUAUUCCUCACAAGCGCUGCAGGACAAUUGAUAGCGUGAAAUUUCUGGUCGAGAGAGGGGCCGUCAUUACACCUUUCACGCUACAUGUGGCCGCCGCCCGAAACCAUACCGAACUACUCGACUAUCUCCUGCGAAACGGUGCGCGCAUUGAAGAUAUUAGCAGUCCGGCCCACAUCUCAAGCAUUGGAGAAUAUACGAAUAACUACUGCGAGUUUGGUCCGACAGUCAUCGAGACUGCCAGAUUCAAUGAUCAUAUGGCGCUUGCAGAAGCUCUGGAAAACUGGUCACCAUCGAACCAGCUAGAAAUGCGUACAGACGAGGAAGAUGCAAACUGA